AGGGGAGGCGAGGCGAGGCGGCGGCACCACCGAGGCCGACACGAGGCAGGUUUCCCGCUCCGCCGUCCACCGGCAGCCCGAGGCAGCGGCAGCGCCCGCUUCCCCAACCCCCACCCGCGCGGCGUCGGGGGAGCGGCUCCGCCCGGGCCCGCCAGUGACGCCAGGGGGAAGGGCUGAGCGCCGCCUCGGGCCUUGUAGGCCGCUGUCGGCGUGACUAGGCCGGGCCGGGCCGGCCCCCCGCGCGCUCAAGAUGUCGGCGCAGGCCCAGAUGCGCGCCAUGCUGGACCAGCUCAUGGGCACGUCCCGGGACGGUGACACAACCCGUCAGCGAAUCAAAUUCAGUGAUGACAGAGUGUGCAAGAGUCACCUUCUCAACUGCUGCCCUCAUGAUGUGCUCUCUGGAACUAGAAUGGACCUUGGAGAAUGUCUGAAGGUGCAUGACCUGGCAUUAAGGGCAGACUAUGAAAUAGCAUCCAAAGAUCAAGAUUUCUUCUUUGAGCUUGAUGCAAUGGACCACCUGCAGUCAUUUAUUGCAGACUGUGACAGGAGAACAGAAGUGGCUAAGAAAAGACUAGCAGAAACCCAAGAAGAGAUCAGUGCUGAAGUUGCAGCUAAAGCUGAAAGAGUUCAUGAAUUGAAUGAAGAAAUUGGGAAACUGCUGGCCAAAGUAGAACAGCUUGGAGCUGAUGGGAAUGUGGAAGAAUCUCAAAAAGUAAUGGAUGAAGUAGAGAAGGCUCGGGUAAAGAAGAGAGAAGCAGAAGAAGUAUACAGGAAUUCUAUGCCUGCCUCCAGCUUUCAGCAGCAGAAGCUGCGGGUUUGUGAAGUUUGCUCGGCUUAUCUUGGUCUUCAUGACAACGACCGACGACUUGCUGACCACUUUGGAGGAAAACUGCAUUUAGGAUUUAUUGAAAUAAGAGAGAAGCUUGAGGAACUCAGGAGGAUUGUGGCUGAUAAACAGGAGAAACGAAAUCAGGAACGUCUGAAACGUAGAGAGGAGAGAGAAAGAGAAGAAAGGGAGAAACUAAGGAGGUCCAGAUCCCACAGCAAGCAUACCAAAAGAUCUAGGUCCCGAGAUCGCCGUAGACAUCGGUCUCGCUCAGCUUCCCGGGAACGAAAGAGAAGAACUCGCUCCAAAUCCCGUGAGAAACGCCACCGUCACAGGUCUCGCUCUAACAGCCGCAGCCGGAGUCGCAGCCAUCAUAGAAGCAGGCAUAGUUCCAGGGAGAGAAGCCGAGAACGCAGCUCCAAAAAGAGAUCCUCAAAAGAAAGAUCUUCCAGAGACAAAGAACGUUCAAGAGAUCGUGAUAGAACAUCACGCGAUAAAGAUAGAAGCUCGAGAGAGAGGUCACCGCGAGAUUUCAAAGACAAGAAACGCUCUUAUGAAAGUGCUAAUGGCCGAUCGGAAGACCCGAGGAGCUCGGAAGAGCGUGAAGCAGGGGAGAUAUAACUGGCUGUAUAUUCACCUGAUCUCUAGCUUCCUAUGGAGUUGCAUACUAUGGUUUAGUUUACAGUUGUUCAAAGGGACACCAGUGAGCAGUUCCAGACACUGAUCCAACUAGGGUAGAUGUACAGUAUAUUAAAGUGGUUAUAACCAAGUCAGAAUUAAACCCCAUCAAUUAAUGAUGCCUAAAGCUGGGUCCUGGACUUCCACCAAGUUGUAAAACUUUUCUGAAAGAUUUCUCUUUAUUCAGGACAACAGUUUUAUGUAACAAGAUACAGAUCUCAAUGUUUUUAAUCUCCUUUCCAAUACAAGUUAGUGAACAAAUUCUAUUGUACUACUUGCCUUGGGUGCUUUUGAACCUUUAUAAAUUCUCCAAUUCUGCUCCAGUCAAAACAGCAGCAUUGAAAGGUUGUAUUUCGGGGGUUUUUUUGUUUGCCUUUUUUUUUUUUUUUUUUUUUUUUGUAAGAGGGUGGGUGGAUGGAUGUUAACUUUAAGGUUAUGUUCCCAGUGACCUUUUUGUUUGGGAACCUAGGACUUGAUUACAGUGGGAGCAUUUAGACAGGAAUGUGUGCUGGAGAAAGAGGAAAUGUCUUUUUACAGUGCCUAUUUAGACUUGGAAAUUGAACAGCUGUUGCAUUACAUCUUUUUUUAUUUCUACUUAAAUUUUGAAAUCAAAGCCAGUCCCAUAUCUGUACCAUUUGAUUGGUAUGUGUUCAAUAUAUUUGUUUUUUCCAUAAGGACUCUUUCUGCUUUUUCUUGUGGGGUGUAAACGGCACAUCCUUAAUUGUAUUAAACAAAAAAACCAGCAACAACAAACAAAAAUUGAGAACAAAAAAAAAAAUAAAAAAAAAUAAAAAAGGAAACCACAUUGUCCAAUAACUUAACGAGGAUAUACUGGUCUCUUAAGGUGGUUACUUAGCAGUUCAGUCGUUCAGAAACUAGCAUUUGGUUAUUAGAGUUUUUAACAUGCAGAUGGGCUCUAGGAGAAGCAGCUAUUCUGAUUAUAGUCCUGACCAUCCUAAGAUCUUCAGAGGCAAAAACAUGUGGAAUCGUAAUGAUCAUGGCACAGCCACUAGCUCCUCAAUGCCUUCCAUUUCAAAAAGCAGUAUUUCCUUUGGGUGCAAUCCGCCUUUACAUAAAGGGGGUGCUGUCGAUUCUGUCCUGUUGAAAGUGCUUUGGGGAAAUUAUUCAGGUAUGCCCAACUCCCACACAGGAGAAUUUAGAGAUGGUAAAUUCUUCUUGAGAUAGCACCACUGAGUUACUUAAGUAAUGCUUAAGAGCAGUGUUUAUAAUGAGUUAUUGGCGUUUUCAGCAGGUUCUGCAGACUCCCCUCUGUAUCUCCCUAGUCCAAGUGCCUCUGCAGGGCUGCUAAUCAUGGGUGUGUAAUAUCACUAGAAAUGCACCGUGCCCAUUUUUCCUCACCGACUCUUUUGUAGCCUCUUCAGCAUGGUCAGAACGCACGGGGGAUAAUUCUGACACAGUAGAUACUGGCUGGCAGAGAAAGCUAGAACAGGACCUUCACACCUCAGGAAGGAGUUGUAUCCAACGUGACAUGUACCCUCCACUUGGAAUUCAUGUUGUUUUAAGCUCCUAAAAAAAUACAGUAAUAAUGAUGGCUAACUGCUUAACUUUUUUUUUUUUUUUUUUUUACCCAUUUGAAAUCUGAACGUGAGUUUCCUUCCUGGGAAUGCUUUAUGAUUUCCUGCAUGGCCCAGCUGUCUGAUAACUGUAAGUUACCAGUGUUUGUCCUUCUGGUCUGAGCACGCUGUAUAAGUGCUUGCUUAUGACGAUUGUCGCACCUUUGGUAAUGGGAUUCUAGUGAAAAUGGGAUUCUAGUGAAAAAGGUGAACGGUCAUUUCCAGAUGCAUCUUGCAUAGCAGAAUUGCCAAUGAGUGGAUUGCCAACUCCUUUGGAAUUCUUUUCUGGAAUAAAAAUACUCCAGAAAUACUGUCUCCCCCUGCAGCCAACAACUAGAAAUUUUGUGCUGUAAAAGAGGAGUGGGGUGGGAAUUUGUGUACUGUGACAAAACACUGCUCGGACUGCUUACUAGCAUAUUCUGGAUAAUACGCUGGUCAUUUUACAAAUGGCUUUUAGGUUGAAUUAUGAAGGGGUUGAUUGGAUUUGAGCCUUUCCUUAUUUAUAGGUUUUCAUGGGGUGGUGAGCUUCAUAGUAUCCAAGUACCACACCAAUGUUAAACAGAGAGAAGGUAAGUUUUGCCUCUGGUAUCCUGAUAAAAUAAUCUGGAUUACAUGUCUCGUGUCUGAAAUGAGGAGUGGAGCGCGGUUAGGAAGAGAACUAAGAGAAUUAAGGUGACUGAUGAAACACACUUCUGAUGCAAGAGUUCUGGAACACCUGUCAGUAAGGGAGGCUGCUUCAUCACUUGUGCCUGAGUUAGUAAGGAUCUUCCAUCAGAACCAAGCUACCUUUAUUUCCAGGACGGUGAAGCUCAUCACCUGUGUAUUUUCUGCUGGACGCCUGAAGAGUGGUAUUGACUGGCAUUAGUUUGCAUGGUCCAAAUGAUUAUGAAAGGGAUCCAGGGGACAUUAAUCUCUGUCCACCUCUGCUGCAUCACAUAAGGGAAAGAGCUUUGACGCUAAUCAAAUAGUCUGGGGUUCAUUACGUGUGGUCUUUAAUUUCCCAGUCUUCAGUAGAUGGUUCAGCAAUUGUUAAAUCUGACUUCUGGUGUGGAACCAGAUCACAAACACAAGGGCGAGAUCAUUCAGCAGACCAAGCCGCUCAGCCCGCUAACCCGGGUCAAAUAUGUCCUUACAGACACGGAUGCGCUGCCUUCACAAUCACACUUGAGUGUCGUCCAUCCGCUCUGUACUUUAAACUUCCCACACGGAGCCUGUGUGGAUCCUGUUUUCCCGGAUUUUCUCCCUUAAUGGCUGAAGAAGUGAUGGGAUUCUUAGGAGACUGAGAGAGCCAGAGGCGAGGUGCUCGACCCACCUCGAAAUCGGGAUGGGGGGAGGUGUGUGCGCUGCUGUGCAGUAAUGUCUCUAGUGCGACUGAUCCUUUGCUAAGAGAUCUCACAGGUCUGCAGGUCCUUGAGAGGGCCUGAGCGCCGAGAGUGCUCGAGGCCAUUCCUGUUUGAGGAAAAUAUCUUCCUUCUCCUGCAAGGAGGCUGACUGCAGCCUGGGACGGGACUGGAGCUCCUGCGGGAACCUAAGGAUGCUGUAGCUGAGCAUCUCCUCUUUGAAAUUUUGUGGCUCCGUAGCCAUUUUUGUCAGACUGCAGGUGUCCGUAUUGUAUUGAACAGAAUAUUGGGCAGUAUUGAGCGGAAAUAGCUGGUUAUUUCAUUUACUUAAAGUGUUUGAAAUGCAGUGAGCCUGUAAGCAUUAUUCCUGUAUCUCGGAAGGCUCUCCCUCUGGAUUAGUCAGAGGAGUGCAAAACAGAAGAACAUGAAGACGGUAAGCAGCUCGAGGCCGGCACGUUACCAGAAAAAGAGGUCCUCUCCUGAACAUACUUGAGUCGCUUUUCCUGCUGGAGCGGCAGGAACCCUACAGAAAAACGGUGACAUUUCCAAGCAAAGAGGUGCUUGGCCUGGUGCAGCCGUAUGGCGUUACUCACCACCAGACUUGCCCGUGAAGCCGGCAGAGGUGGCUGUCCCUACCUGUCCUCAUUGCUACAGCACGAACCCCAGCCCUUCUGUCUGUCCAACCUGUCUUGCACCAGUCCGUGCUUUUGAGGCACCUUCCAUCCUGCUCCAGGGGCAGUGGGAGAAAAUAGGGGAACCGACCCCCUCAGCCGACACAGAGGGAUGAUGGUGCAGGCCUUAAAUAGCCUCGGGGCGGGGAUUAUCCGUUUAGCCCAAUGGAGAAUGAUGAGACAUCUGGGGCCAGUGUGAGCCAGCUGAAGGCACGGGUGGGUACCUCCAAACAAAUGGGUUUAGGUACGGCAACUUCAACACCCCAAAAGCUUCUUGUUGCCGUUAACUGGAGCUGACUCAGUGAGAGGUGUGUGCUGUCUCCGCCAUGACUGUCGGGAUCUAAGCAGAUUGCAGUUCCUGUCAACAUUAAAAAAAAAAAAUUAUAAAAACAGAAUGAGCCACGCACCAGAAGUGAUGGCAGUGUGUUGUGUCAGGGUCUGCAGCACCUGAUGACCCACCCGGUUUGCUGUUCUCCAUCCCACAUUUCACAUCCCACCUUGCUCAGUACAGUUGCCCUUUGUUCAGCAGACAGUCGAGGUUAGCUUCUCCUGAUGCAGUGGCUUAUUAAAAGGUGUUAACGUGAUCUUCAUUCAGUCCUGUAUGGUUCUUACUCUUUGGUUUUUGCUUUGAUCGCCUUUUUUUCUACUUGCUUCUUAAUAAAUUCUUGCACCGUUACUGCUCAUGCAAUUCUUUAGUUCUUUUCAAUAAGACCUGGAGAGCGAGCUUUCACUGCAGCCUGCAAAACUGGGAAGCAGCGGGCUGCCGGGCAGGGGUUUCCAGCAGCUGGAAAUACAGGGGAAGAGAGGGAGAAAUCUUUGUUUCUACCUGAGGCGCUUCUCUUUAUCCCUGCUUUCCCUUCUGCAGGCACGUAAUGGACAGUCAACGGGCAACUAGAAAAUUCUCUCGUGACUUGUCUCUUCUGCUCUGGCUUUUCAGCUCCUGUUGCUGGGGUAACCGCAGUCCCAAAUCGCUUCCUGAGGCUCUGGCGAUGCUGUGCAGUGCACCACAGGCAAGCAGCAUCCGAGGAAAUGCACCGGCGGGGAGUGGGGAUUAGCUAGCAACAAAGCAGGGCUGGCCACGGGCAAGGGGCUGAGGGACAGCGGGAACUGCCGUGGCUGUACAGCCCUUUCCCAGGCUGAAAUGGUCUGGCGAAUGCAGUAGUGAAGUAUCGAUGGUGAUGCUCAGUGAGGAGCACAAAGGUUAGAAAUUGUUCCUGGUGCCAGCUCGGAGAGGCUGCAAACUCUCACAGCACCAGCCGUCAGGCGCCAGCAGCAUCAAAGGUCUGCUCCAGCCUCUGCGUAUCCAUCACUACAGGGCGAUAAUGGAGUUUGGGACUUUGCACCAAACUACUGUAACUUAGUAAAAUGCUGCUGUCUUCCGAAACUCAAACUGGUUUGCAACAGAGAACUGCUGAUUUCCAACAGGUGAUGGCAACUGCUGCCUUGAUAGAGCGGGAGACCAUAAUCCAGGUGUCAGCUCCAAUGUUUCACAGAUAGUGUCUUCCUGGUCCUAAAAUUUCACCUCUGCUUGUAAAUUCUUUAUGGUAAAGGUCCCUUCCAACCCAAACCUUUCUCUGAUUCUGUGUGUAACCCCCUGC